AGUGAGGAAGUUGAGAGCCUUCAUCUCACAGACUUUCGGGGACGGCUGUGUCCCUGAGCCUGUGUCCCCAGACACACACUCCUGCCCAUACUCAGGUGCACAGAAGGACAAGCACACAGCUCAUCCCCCUCUUCAAUUCUCAGUUGUCAUUGGAUGACAUCAGCAAAACCACACACAAAUACAUGCCGAUCACAAUACUCCUCUGAGAUAUCAUAAACCCCAUUUUACAGGAGGGCAAACUGAGGCUAGGCGACUUUAAAGAAUAUGUCACUCAUUCUGGUCUGCUCCUCCAAUUCUUAAUCCUUAUAUUUGUCUCAUUAGCUGACAAUAACAGUAUUCGUGCUGGUUCCCCCAGCAGCCUCCCUUAAGGAAGGACCUUAUUUCCCUAUUUCCCUCGAAUGCACCCUUUCCUCCGCAUAGGUUCUAACCCUUCGCUCAUUCCCCAGAGGAAUCGAGUUUUGAUGGACAGAUUCCUAAACCAAUAGAGAAACUAAGUGAACUGUACCGAAGCGGCCUCGACUUGGGCGGGACUAAGACUGGGAAAGAGCCACCAAUUGGACAGAGCUACGCGGCGAAUGGCGGAGACGCUGAGGCGGGUGCUGACCAGGGACGGUGCGGCCUGGUCCGGGGAGGAGAACACGGCUGCCGCCGGACCGCCUUUGCUGCUUCUCGGCGCACCAGGGUCUGGAAAAACAGCGCUGCUAUUUGCUGCGGCCCUAGAGGCGGCGGGGGAGGGCCAAGGCCCAGUCCUCUUCCUGACACGGAGGCCCCUACAAAGCCUGCCCCGCGGGACCGGAACGACUCUAGACCCAAUGCGACUCCAGAAGAUCCGCUUCCAGUACCCACCCUCAACCCGAGAGCUUUUCCGGCUCCUGUGCUCUGCCCAUGAAGCCCCGGGGCCAGCCCCCUCCCUUCUGCUGCUCGAUGGCCUAGAAGAGUACCUAGCGGAAGACCCAGAGCCCCAGGAAGCCGCCUACCUCAUUGCCUUACUUCUAGACACAGCUGCCCACUUCAGCCACCGGCUUGGGCCUGGCCGGGACUGUGGGCUCAUGGUGGCCCUCCAGACCCAGAAGGAGGCAGAUAGUGGGGACGUCCUGCACCUGGCACUGCUCCAGCGGUAUUUUCCUGCCCAGUGCUGGCUGCAGCCAGAUGCACCAGGUCCAGGAGAACACGGCCUCCGAGCCUGCCUGGAUCCAGGCGGGCUGGGCCCCAGAACAGAGUGGUGGGUGACUUUCCGAUCAGAUGGAGAAAUGAUGAUUGCUCCAUGGCCCACCCAGGCUGGUGACCCCAGCUCAGGCAAGGGUUCAAGCUCUGGAGGCCAGCCCUGAGCUUUGGUGGGUGACCACCUCUCUGUGUUUCAGUUGCCCAUGGCUACUUACCUCAGGGACAUAUGCAGAUCCAAAGACCUAAACAAUGUAAAGUGCUUUUUCUCUUUUAAAAGUAUAGCAUUAUCUUGUAUCUAUUGUACCCAAUCAA